UUUUGGAAAUUUGGGGAUAAAUUCUGUAAAUUUGGGGCUAAAUUUGGGGCUAAAUUCUGUAAAUUUGGGGAUAAAUUUAGGGAUAAAUCCUGUAAAUUUGGGGCGAAAUUUGGGGAUAAAUUCUUUAAAUUUGGGGCUAAAUUCGGGGAUAAAUUCUGUAAAUUUGGGGAUAAAGUCUGUAAAUUUGGGGCUAAAUUCGGGGAUAAAUUCUGUAAAAUUUGGGGAUAAAUUCUGUAAAUUUGGGGAUAAAUCCUGUAAAUUUGGGGAUAAAUUUGGGGCUAAAUUUGGGGAUUUUGGCUCCGUUCCUCCCCGUGCUCCCCCGCCCUUUGCGGGCGUGGCCGGGUGGGCGUGGCCUGACGCGAGCCCCGCCCCCCAGUGCGUCUCCACGCUGCUGAUGCUGGUGACGGGCGACAUCUACACGCUGAUUAAUUACGUGGGCUUCGUUAAUUACCUGUGGUACGGCGUCACCGUGGCCGGGCUGCUGCUGCUGCGCUGGCGGGAGCCGCGCCUGCCCCGCCCCAUCAAGGUGAACCUGGCCUUCCCCGCCGUCUACCUGCUCUUCUGGGGGGCGCUGCUGCUGUUCUCCGUGUGGUCCGAGCCGCUGGUGUGCGGCAUCGGCCUGGCCAUCAUGGCCACCGGCGCCCCCGUCUACCUGCUGUGCCUGCGGGGGGGGCCGCGACCCCCGGCCAUCCGCCGGGCCGUGGGUGAGGG